GUUUAGGGUAAAUGGCUCCAGUGCUAGAGGUAAUGGCAGUCCGGCUGGGGACAAUAUUGGUUGUUAAAGGCUUCUUCGCCGUCAUCAGGAACCCUCUUGCCCUGGCUACUACCCGCACCCUUAAACGUGAAAGGCCUGAAACAGCCAUUGUGUACUAACAGACAUAGGCCAAAACAAGGCGUGCCUACAAAGCGAGGAACACAGAGAAUAUUACUGUAAAACCUUACGGACUAGUAACCCUGUGACACCGAUACUUCCGGUCGUCCCCUUCCGCAAAAUUCAUUAAAAUAGUUGCGUCAUGGUAACCAAACAGGUAGCAGUUGCUUCCCACCAAGCAGGGGAGUUUUGAUGACAUUUUAGUCAGGUGACCAAAGCCUUUCCCAUCAAGCGAUUUCUCCUGUCUCGUCCCAACUGCCUAUGACCUGCUGAGUCAUAUUACUGUAUUAUUUUUAACGAAUUGAGUCUCCAGGAAAAUGGCGUCCUUUCACAUAAAUAUAUAUAUAUAUGUAUAUACAUGUUUUAGUAAUCUUUACUCUAGUGUUUAAUCAAUUGAACGCUAGCUGUAUAACGUGCUAUUUUUAUCAACCUGAACCUAGUCGCCGAUUGGCUAUUCGAACUGUCUUUCAAAGGAUUGCAUCAUGCUGCUUUUCAUAAGGGCAGAAAACCUUGUGAUUUCGCAACGUUCUUUUGUGUGCUAAGACUGAUCCUGAAGCUGUUGGAGGCCAAAGAAGGAGAUUACAAUUAAAAAAACAAAACAAAAAAAAUCAAAAACAAAGGAAAAACAAACAAAUAUAUAUAAAUAUAUAUGUAUACAUACACCACUAUUUAUCAACUAUCAAAAGGGCUUGUAACAGAAGGUGGGGGAGGGGAAGGAGUCCCUCCCCAGGCUGCCGGACCUCUCUGCUUUCAGAUGCAGGACAGGAUUGCAGCUGUUGUGCCCAUUGUCAAGGAACAUGGAGCAGGCCCAACAAGCUCAACGGAGAGUGUAUAAUUGGAAUGCCCAGGUGUGAGCUCGGGGAUGUGUCCUCACUGAAGUUGGGUCGUGAACUGUUAACUAGUAAAAGCCUACGCGUUUCGUCCUUGAGGACUUCUUCAGGGCUCAUCAACCAAGCUGUUCCCAUUGACUGAAAGUCAGUACAAUUCAUCCACAAUGAAUCUCUCCCCAUCUACUACAUCUGACAGCCUAAGUGAUGCCCAUAUGGGUAGUCCAGCCACUCCUCAACUUGUGCCAAUAAACCCAGAAGGAGGUGGUAAAGCCACUCCACCUAGUAAAAACGGCAAAAAGUCACAGCGGAUGGAUCGUGGCAGUGAAGAGUACCGUCUUCGCAGGGAGCGUAACAACAUGGCUGUUAAGAAGAGCCGCUUAAAGAGCAAACAGAAAGCCCAAGACACACUGCAAAGAGUCAAUCAGUUGAAAGAGGAAAAUGAAAGGCUGGAGGCUAAAAUCAAGUUACUCACCAAAGAGUUAAGUGUACUGAAGGACCUUUUCCUAGAACAUGCACACAACCUGGCAGACAGUGUGCAACCUGAGGUCCCCACGUCAGGACAUGAGAGUGGUGCACCAUAAACUAUUAGACAGACAUUAGAUCCACUGAUACAAUUUAAAGACUUUUGAUAGAUAUGUUUUCAAAUUGUUUGAAUCGAGGAGGAUGAACCGAAAAGUGCUGACAACAAUAACUGGGUUUUUUUUCAGUUUUAAUUGAAACGUUAUGCAGACAGAUGUUAAUAUUUGUGAUCGAUGUAUUACAAUCUACAGUGAUAGGCUAUUAUUAUGUAUUGCCAGAUUUUAAUAUUUUCUUUACUAAUGUAAAUGGUUUCUCAAGUUCAGAAUGUGGGACCUCCUGGGCUAACAUAACUAAACUGCCUUAUAACACUAUCCAUGUUGACAUCUAUUGGCAGUAGUAACCUGUGGUGAUUGAGCAAGCCACGGUGCCCGAAGCAUGGUGAGCAUAAGUUUUAAUGUUCUGAAAAAAGUUUAGUGAUUGUUCUGAACCAGUUUAGUUAUGCUAUCCAAGAGGUCCCAUGUACUGAAAUUGAAUCCAAAAAUCACAUUGAAAAUUAACAUUAUUUCUGUAAAGAAGUGUACUAUUGAAAUGGUAUUUAAAUUAAUUGCCUUUCGUUAAUGGAGAGUUUGUUUAACACACAAAAUACAUUAAGUACAGUAUAUAUUAUGGAUGGUGAAAUUAAUAGGGAAUUUUUACAUAUGCUAUAUUUGGUGACUGGUUGCUGAUAUAAUGUCUUUUUAGUGCACAGCAGUGUUACAUUUGCUGAUGGUUUGUUGAAAACCAAGGACAUAUGCAGCUUAGGGUAAAUUCUUUUUAUCUUUUUGUUCCUAAAGACAUGAAGCACGCCGUGGACAUAUCUCUCCAAAAUCUUAAAUAUAGCAGUUUGGUUUCAAAUUAGUGUGCUGUGAAACAAUGUAGGGGAGUGGCAUUGAAUGAUAUAAAGUAAUAUCAUGUUACUGAACAAUAGAUAGCAUAUGAUUAAUACAUUUAUACGUUGUCACACUUUGGCUGUUCUGUGCCCUCAUUACUCUGAAAGGGGUCUACCCACCAAUAUGCCGGGUCCAACCUAUGGUGUGAACGGGGUCUGACCCGGCUGUGACCUGGGUUUGGAAAUCCAGGUAGGACCGUGAAUUUUAGUGGAAAAGGGAUAUAAGUCACUUCUAAGAUGCUACCAAAGUAAACAAGCCUAGUUUAAACUCUUCUAAACUUUUAAUUUCUAGCUAUUGUCAAGUACAGGAGGUGCAAGUACCCGCAUUUGCAAACAGAAAUACAGACUGGAAAAAUGAUGCACCUAAGAGAAACUAUUAAUUUGAAAGCGGGCAAGUGCAUAUAGUGAAUGAUGAUGGUCUCCAGCACUAGUAAAAGAGUUGUGAUUGUUUGCUAAUGCUAUGUUGGUGCUGAUUGGUGGUUUCUUUGUCGCUUAUUCAUAUAUGUAUGUGCACUGUGAAGAUAUGGGAUUCUCUUAAUCACCCAGACACCAAGCAGAUGAAA